AAGACAUACAAGCAACAAGCCGGCGAAUACUACAACAAGCAAUACGAGACAUGGAUGCCAUGGAUGGAAGACCAAUACCUGAAGUGGUUCACCAAGGAUAAUAAAGCGAGUUAUGCUACGAAACAAAACCUCGACAAAUCCAAAAUCAGCGGCAUCUCCCAAGUCGACCAACUGCAAGACGGCGUCCACGGCCUGGUCAGCGGACAAGUCGGCCAGGGCGGCAUCGCGCAGCCGCUCGGUGAUGCGAUGAGUAAGGAGGGGAUUAAUCGCGCUGAGCGGGGGGGGAAGGAUGAGCAGGGA